UACCCAAAGAAAAUGCCGGACAGGACAAUGGCUUGGCAAGUACUGUUGUUUGUUUCUCUCUCUAGCCUCAGCUCCGUGCAGGGGCAAAUCGUUUACUCAGUCCCCGAAGAAAUGACGAAAGGCUCUGUAGUAGGGAACAUAGCACAGGAUUUAGGUUUGGAUGUGAAAAGACUUAAAUCAGGGAAAGCUCGCAUUUAUACUGGAGACGGAACUGAAUACGUAGAGCUUAUGCCAGAUAAGGGGAUCCUUCUUAUCAAAGAGAGGAUAGACCGCGAAGCCCUGUGUGGCCAGACAACACCAUGCGCGCUUCAUUUCCAAAUAAUAUUAGAAAAUCCUAUGGAAUUCUAUAGUGUUACAGUUCAGAUCACGGACAUUAAUGAUAAUGCACCCCUUUUUCCAGUGGAGGAAAUGACGUUUGAAAUAAGCGAGUCUUCUCUCCUCGGUGCAAGAUUUACGCUGGAAAAAGCUAUAGAUAGUGAUGUUGGAAUCAAUGGCCUUCAAGGCUACGCCCUAAAGCCAAGUGAUAUAUUUGAAUUGGAAACACAAACUCAUUCCGAUGACACCAAAAGUGUUGUCAUGAUAUUGAAAAGAUCUUUAGAUCGAGAGAAAGAAGACGGUUUAUUGUUACUCUUGACUGCUACUGAUGGAGGCGAUCCGCAGAUGUCUGGGACAGUGCAGAUACGCAUUUCGGUACUAGAUGCCAAUGAUAACGCUCCGAUUUGUUCCCAAAGAGUAUAUAAAUCAAGUGUUUUAGAAAAUGCUUCAAAAGGCACAGUUCUAACCACUGUCCAUGCUUCUGAUGCCGAUGAAGGGUUGAAUGGCAGAGUAACAUACACACUGUCGAAGCCUGUCGGUGACAUGACUGGAUUAUUUAAAAUAGACGAUACUACUGGUGUACUGAAAUUGAUAGGAGACACAGAUUAUGAGAAAAUCAAACGCUAUCAAAUUGAUGUCCUGGCCAAAGAUCACGGAGGUCACUCAGAUACGUGUAAGGUGAUUAUUGAUGUCAUCGACGCAAACGAUAACAGUCCGAUUUUAAAUGUCAUGUCCAAGUCGUCAUCAAUACCCGAAAACUCUAAAUCCGGUACCGUUGUUAGUAUUCUUAAUAUGCAGGACCCAGACUCGGGGGAGAACGGUAAUGUUCAGUGUACUAUAAAUGAAAAUAUGCCAUUUGUCUUGAAGACUACGUCAAACAAUUUCUACAGUUUAGUUACAGACGGUGAAUUAGAUCGAGAGAGAGAUUCAACAUAUAACAUCUCUGUGACCUGCUCUGAUGAAGGCGUGCCCUCUCUCUCCAGCAGCGUCACUCUCUCCCUCCAGAUAUCAGACGUGAACGAUAACGCGCCCGUGUUUGAAAGGAGCAGCUAUGAAGCCUCCAUUCCAGAAAAUAACUCACCUGGCCUCUCCAUUUUCACAGUAAAAGCAAUGGAUAUGGAUUUUAAUCAAAAUGCCAGAGUUUCGUAUAUGUUGGAGGAAUCCUCUGUGAAUGGGGUAGCAGUCUCCUCGUAUGUGUCCGUUAAUGCUGAGAGUGGAGUCAUUCAUGCUGUGCGCACUUUUGAUUACGAACAGAUAAAGCAUUUUAAUUUCCAUGUCAAAGCACAAGAUGGAGGAUCUCCUCCGUUAAGUACGAAUGUUAGUGUUAAAAUAAACAUUCAAGAUCAGAACGAUAAUGCACCUCAGAUUCUGUACCCAGUGCAAACUAGUGGCUCACUGGUAGCUGAAAUUGUUCCUCGUUCAGCAGACGUAGGCUAUCUUGUUAGUAAAGUGGUGGCUGUUGAUGUAGAUUCUGGUCAGAAUGCCUGGCUGUCAUACAAGCUGCGGAAAGGGUCAGACAGAGCUCUAUUUGAGGUUGGCGCACAGAAUGGAGAAAUAAGAACUAUACGUCAGGUGACUGAUAAAGAUGCUGUGAAACAAAAACUCACUAUUGUUGUGGAGGACAACGGACAGCCCUCUCGCUCAGCUACAGUCAAUGUCAACGUGGCUGUGGCGGACAGCUUUCCUGAAAUACUCUCGGAGUUUACUGACUUUACGCACGACAAGGAGUACAACGACAAUCUGACUUUUUAUUUAGUCCUGGCCCUCGCUGUUGUUUCAUUUCUAUUCAUCGUGUCCAUAAUAGCCAUACUGUCGGUGAAGUGCUACAGAUGGAGACGUGAGCAGAUGUUUUAUAAGUCCAAUGGGAAUCUACCGGUUAUUCCUUAUUACCCACCUCUUUAUGCGGACGUUGGCGCCACGGGGACCAUGCAUCAUCUUCAUAAUUAUGAAGUUUAUGGAACAACUGACUCUAGAAGGAGCGAUGUAAAAUGUCGUAGACCUUGCAAUGAAAGUAUUAUUAGCCUGGAUGCCAGUGGGACACUUACACUCCCGCAUCCCAAUUCAGAGAAACUCCUCAUGGAUGAUCAGGUGAGUUGUAUUGCUUUUGUAAGCCAUUAG